UCUCUCUCUCUCUCUGUCUCUGCCCACUCGCCCUCUCCUCUCUGCUCGUGUCUGUACGCCACCUUUGGUGUUUUGCUUUAUCGGUUCCUCUUAUUUAUAGCAAUUGUUUAUCCUUUUAAUAAUACCCUCUUUCUCGGUUCUUUCGGAUUGUUGUUCCGCCAUCGGAUCCGAAUCGCCUCACCGCGUCUACCACCCCAAUCCAACGACCCAAAUUGGCCCUGAGAGGCCUGUCGAACGUUUUAUUAUUAUUACUAUUAUUCUUUAUUACUACUACUAUUAUUAUUUUUAUUAUAUACUGUUGCUAUUAAAUCGGUACAAUGGAACCUAGGCCGGCAACGGCGGAGCCGGCGCCCAAGCGGCCGCGGUCACCAUCGGGUGACUUUGCCCCGAUCGCGUCCAAGGUGCCCAAGACGCACUCGAAUCACCUUCAGAUCAACUACCUGGCGCGCCAGUAUCCCGAUAAUUUGCCCCUAGUCUCGACCGAAGACACCAUGCCCGCCAUCCUGCGCCUUGUCGGCGACUACGACGGCGUGCUGCACCGCCACGAGAGCAUCGCGGGAAACCUGGGGGCCUGUCCGCUGGGGCCCAUUUUGAUCAAGCGUUUCGAGCGCCUCUUCGACGGACCCCCGCGCGUCCUCAAGUCACACGGGAAGGAUGCCGCCGCCGCCGUCACCUGGCUCGACGUCGUCGAGUUCGCCAAGAACAAACCCGAGCAGUUCAACCUGGAGAAGACGCGCAACGGCGUGCGCGUUUGCCAGUUCUAUACCAAACAGUGUCGUGUCGAGAUCAGCGAGGAAGACUUUGUUCUCAUCGCCUCAGGCAUGCCCCAGAAGAUGAUUCCGCCCCAGCCUAUCAUCGAGGAUGAAGAGAAGGAGCUCGGGGCCCUCGAGAUUCUCGAGAAGAACCUGCAACAAAUCAUCCAGAUGGCAGAUCAGGUAUCUGCACGCGCCCGCCAGCUAAAUCAUCGCCUCAAAAACCGCCGCACCGCUAUUGUCAGUCGUCGCGAGAACGAUGCCUCCCUACACACCCAACCGCCGCGCUCCCUCAGCCCCUCGUGGAAGGACAGCAACGGGACUGGUCCGCUGCCUGUCGGCAGUGGUAAUGGUCAAGUCGCUCAUACCCACUCGCCACCGUCCGGCUUCGUCGCGGUCAACGCGCAUCGUGGCCCUGUCGGCGCUGAGCCCGGCGACGACAACAAUAGCAGCAGCAGCGGUGGUGGCGGCGGUGGCGGCGGUCUGUCCUCACAGUUCAUGUUCUCCCAUUCCAAUGCCGAAAAUAUCACCAUCAUCAACGGCACGUCCAUCAAGGGCGCCUCGCCCACUACGCGCGCUGAGCUGAUGAAGAAGUUUUUCACUACCGCCGACCGCCACGCCCGCGGCCUCGAUGACCCCGUCACUACCGUGGCGCCCGGCAGCCGUCCGUCAUCGCGUCCUCGACCGCGCGGUUCAGAUGCUGCCACUGACUACGCCUUGUACGCGGGCGCGCCGGGCACUGUUGCGAUUCCUAACACCCCGUCGUCGCUGUUACCGCCGCCCAAGUCGACUCACUACGAACGCGAUGACGGCGGGCCCUACAAGCUGGAGAUGGUGGCGCGAAUGGAGGAGCUGCAGCGCGGCGAACGUAUCCUCCCGCCUUGUGACCGCUGUCGCCGACUGCACAUGGACUGCCUCAAGAACCUCACCGCCUGCAUGGGCUGUACCAAGAAGCACGCCAAGUGCUCCUGGAAGGACGUCAAAGAGGAUGAGUUGCACGAGUUCCGCACCGCUAGUCUAGGGCGCGAGCGGGAUGAUACCUCCACCACGGGUGGUGGCGGUGGUGGCGCUGUUGCUUCUGCUUCUGGUGCUCCUAGUGGUGGUUCGGCCCAUUCGCCAGGCACACAGGAUACCCCUAUCCCUGCUCCGACACAUGAUGAACCGCGCGAGUCGCACGACUCGCAGGAUUCGCAUGAACCACAUGAACCGCACGAGCUACUGCCCGGUCCUCCGACGCGCGGCUCCUCAGCACCCAGCAUCCAGCAGGCGUCCGAGUCACAGCAACAGAUGUCGGUCGCCGUGGGGGCGCUCUCCCCGCGACGAGCAAUUAGCGAGGUGCAUGGUAGCGCUGUGCUGGGUGGGCAUGACCGGCAAGUCGGCCUCCACCAUCGGCCAGAGUCUACCGCCGCACCUUCCGAGGAUGACGACCCGGACGCCAACCAGCGGCUGAUGCAGGCUAUCCUGGACACGGUCGACCACCACACGCGCGUAGCAGCGGCGGUCAACCGCGAGGGGGAGCUUCCAGCAGAACACGACCGCGACCAGAUGGUGAAAGCUUGAUUUGAUUUUUUUUUUUU